AACAUUUCCACCCUUUACGGUGCGCCUAUAAAAAGAAGCUGCAGGUGGGUCAGUUGUCAGAGCACCGAAGCGAAAGCGGUAAAGUAGCCAACUGCAGUUAGUUAUCCUUUUGCGCCGCCCGAAAUAUUCGAUGAAUCUGUCAAGCCUUUUUCUUCUGGCCCUUGUGGCAUCAGUCGCUAUCGGCGCCGGAUCUGCCCAUAGAAUAAACAGGCCCGAACAGAAACCCCCGAAGGAGUCGUGUCAGGUCACCACAACAAGGCCGCCGUGUCGGACGACCACUCUUCCACCGUGUGGUAAGGAAACCACUACAACGUGUUCCCCAACUACCACGAAUACCACAACUACGACAACAACAACCACAACUACGACGACAACAACCACGACUACGACGACAACAACAACAACCACGACGACGACAACAACAACGUGUUCCCCAACAACAACCACUACCCCACAAGAGGAACCCUGCGAGCCCAACGAGCCGUCAACGCCUACCCCACCCGCACCUACGCCUUGUGAACCCAACGAGCCGUCAACUCCCACCCCAUCCACUCCCUCUGAGCCCAACGAGCCGUCAACUCCCACUCCAUCCUCUCCCUCUGAGCCCAACGAGCCGUCAACGCCUACCCCGUCCUCUCCCUCUGAGCCCAACGAGUCGUCAACUCCUACCCCACCCGCACCUACGCCUUGUGAGCCCAACGAGCCGUCAACUCCCACUCCAUCCUCUCCCUCUGAGCCCAACGAGCCGUCAACUCCCACUCCAUCCUCUCCCUCUGAGCCCAACGAGCCGUCAACACCCACUCCAGCCCCACCUUCUCCUUGUGAGCCCAACGAGUCGACAACUCCGCCACCUUCACCUUGCGAGACGACCACCACUACGACAACAACAACGACGACCACCACUACGACAACAACAACGACGACCACCACAACAACGACAACAACUACAACAACGACGACCACCACAACAACGACAACAACAACGUGUUCCCCAACAACCACUACCCCACAAGAGGAACCCUGCAAGCCCAACGAGCCGUCGACACCAACACCAUCCUCUCCCUCUGAGCCCAACGAACCGUCAACGCCUACCCCGUCCUCUCCCUCUGAGCCCAACGUGUCGUCAACUCCUACCCCACCCGCACCUACGCCUUGUGAGCCCAACGAGUCGUCAACUCCCACUCCAUCCUCUCCCUCUGAGCCCAACGAGCCGUCAACUCCCACUCCAGCCCCACCUUCUCCUUGUGAGCCAAACGAGUCGACAACUCCGUCACCUUCACCAUGUGAGACGACCACCACUACGACGACCACCACAACAACGACAACCACCACAACAACGACAACCACCACGACAACACCUACAACAACGACGACCACCACAACAACGACAACAACAACGUGUUCCCCAACAACCACUACCCCACAAGAGGAACCCUGCAAGCCCAACGAGCCGUCGACACCAACACCAUCCUCUCCCUCUGAGCCCAACGAACCGUCAACGCCUACCCCGUCCUCCCCCUCUGAGCCCAACGAGUCGUCACCUCCUACCCCACCCGCACCUGCGCCUUGUGAGCCCAACGAGUCGUCAACUCCCACUCCAUCCUCUCCCUCUGAGCCCAACGAGCCGUCAACUCCCACUCCAGCCCCACCUUCUCCCUGUGAGCCAGUGUCCACAACUCCACCACCUUCACCUUGUGAGACGACAACCACCACGACAACAACGACAACCACCACGACAACAACGACAACCACCACGACAACAACGACAACCACCACGACAACAACGACAACCACCACUACGACAACAACGACAACCACCACAACAACAACUACAACCACAACAACUACAACAACGACGACGACAACAACCACCACAACAACAACGUGUUCCCCAUUAACAACCACUACCCCACAAGAGGAACCCUGUGAGCCCAACGAGACAACUACUCCUCCACCACCCCCUCCCUGUGAGCCCAACGAGACAACUACUUCACCACCUUCACCUUGUGAGACGACCACAACUACAACAACGACCACCACAACAACAACCACGACCACCACAACAACAACCACGACCACCACAACAACAACCACUACUCCAAAACAGCAACCUUGUAAGCCAGACACCACCACCCCAAAACAGCCACCGUGCGAACCAACAACCACGUCAACACCCCCUCCCUGUGCUCGCAAAACCACCUCCCCACCACCGUGCGAAGAGACAACGACACCUGCCUGCGAAACUGAGCGUGAUCAGAGUAAUCUAGGUCAAUUGAUUCCCAAGCCAAUUAGGGAUCUCUUCGCUGGAUCGAGCUCCAGCACCAAAGCUACUCCUUUGAUCGGAUCCAGUGCCAUGUGUGCUGGUCGCGCGGACGGAAGUAUAGUCCAAGACCCUUAUCAUUGCAGGAGGUACUAUGAAUGCCGCGCUGGCCGUCGCCUGCUGCGCAAGUGCCGCGCAGGUUUGUGGUACGAUUCAGAGGCAGGAGAGUGCCUGCCACGCAGCCAAGUAUUGAACUGCCCGGCGCAACGUAACUGAGACACUUAAGCCGACUCUACGCAACUGGAAUGGGAUCGCAGCUUGUAAAGCAACUUGUAUCCGUAGCCAACAGUAACCGCCUAAUCAAUAAACAGCAUAUAAAUCGCA